CUCUAUCUCUCUUAGUUCGAAUGGGCGUUGUGUUGUUCUUGAAAUAAAAAGGUGGGAGCUUUGAAGGGGUUUUUGCAGUGAAGAGUGUGUAGGAUGGAGGAGGCGGAGGGUGGGGGAGAAGGAGAAGGAGAAGGAGAAGGAGAAGGGGAGGUGGUGGAGUUGAGGGUGUUGGUGGUGGACGACUCUCCUGUGGAUCGGAGGAUGGUGGAGGGGUUGAUUAAGCGGAGCGGGAAAGGAAUGUUUCAAGUUAUUGCAGUCGACAGUGGAAAGAAGGCGAUGGAAGUUCUUGGACUGAAUAAUGCGAAGACCGACUCUACCGCAGCUGAUGAGCAGAAGAUCGACGUUAUCCUCACUGACUAUUGUAUGCCAGAAAUGAGUGGCUUUGACCUUCUCAAGGCUGUCAGGGAGCAGAGCAGCCCAAAACCUAUCCCUGUAGUCAUUAUGUCGUCAGAAAACGAGCCACAGAGAAUCGACAGAUGCCGUGCAGUUGGAGCUGCAGACUUCUUCCUGAAGCCUCUUCAAUCGACAGACGUCCAGCGGUUGAGAGACUCCGUUACGUCGACGCCCCUCGCACUGAAGACGCCCCUCGCACCGAAGAAUGCACCUUCAAAGAGAAAGAUGCCGAUGGACCGCAUGGCCGAGAAAAGUGGCACGGAGAGGAGACCUCGUCUCGCUGGGGUUGCAGUAGCCUGGUUACCUUUACGAUCUUGCGAUACGCCGGCCGUAUGACAUAAUAAUUAAGUUGCUCAUAAUGUAAUCAGAAAUCGAUUCACUGCUCGCAAGUUCGUCUCACUCCCCCUUCCUAUUAAUGAAGGCCGAGUACGUCUCACUCCCCCUUCCUAUUAAUGAAGGGGUUAUGUAUUGAGCCCCUGUUGUAGUUUUCUUUAUUAAUGGGGGUUUUAAGUGUUGUGUAACUUUGAGUUUGUUGGUGUGCACGAAGUAUUGUAUCUACAGAUAAUUAACUCCAACAGUUGGCUUUUAGAAUGGCAUGUUUCCAUUGCUUGGGAUUUGGUACUGAAA